GCAAAAAUGUAGUCCAUCAGUUGUCAGUAAGUUUAGAAGAUAUGUAUAAUGGUGCAACAAGGAAACUUGCACUGCAGAAGAAUGUUAUCUGUGACAAAUGCGAAGGUCGUGGUGGCAAGAAAGGUGCAGUAGAAUGCUGCCCUAAUUGCAGAGGCACAGGCAUGCAAAUCAGAAUUCACCAGAUUGGCCCAGGAAUGGUGCAACAAAUCCAGUCCGUGUGUAUGGAGUGUCAGGGGCACGGGGAGCGUAUCAGCCCCAAGGACCGGUGUAAGAGCUGCACUGGCAGAAAAAUUGUUAGAGAGAAGAAGAUACUAGAAGUUCAUAUUGACAAAGGAAUGAAAGAUGGUCAGAAAAUAACAUUCCACGGUGAAGGGGACCAAGAACCAGGACUAGAGCCAGGGGACAUUAUUAUUGUCUUGGAUCAAAAAGAUCACUCUGUAUUUACAAGACGAGAUGAAGACCUCCUUCUGUCUAUGGAUAUUCAACUGGUUGAAGCACUAUGUGGCUUUCAAAAGCCUAUCACAACACUGGAUAAUAGAACUAUUAUUAUUACCUCCCAUCCUGGCCAGGUUGUCAAGCAUGGGGCUAUUAAGUGUGUGUUGAAUGAAGGUAUGCCAAUUUAUCGCAGACCAUACGAAAAAGGACGCCUGAUCAUAGAAUUCAGGGUGAACUUCCCAGAAAGUGGCUUUCUCUCCUCAGAUAAGCUGUCUUUACUUGAAAAACUGCUACCUACAAGGCAGGAAAUAGAAGAAACUGAGGAAAUGGAACAAGUGGAUUUAGUAGACUUUGAUCCAUCUCAAAAAAGAAAACACCACUAUAAUGGAGAAGUCUAUGAAGAUGAUGAGCAUCACCCUAGAGGCGGAGUUCAAUGCCAGACUUCGUAAAUGGGCCAGUUAAUAACUUGUGAUGCUUUUUUUGUAUGCGUUAGUGGAUGAGUGAAGGACUACAAGCAGUUCAUGCUCACUCCCUGCUAUUUGUUGUUCUAUCCAGCCAUAGUUGUUUCUAAAAGCAGAAAGAAAUAAACUAAGUAAUUAAACUGAGUUUUCAAUUUGUAUAAAGCUCCAGGUUGUAAGCUCGAAUGAGGUUGAUUGCACUUCACCCCUGCCUCUUGGUCCAGAAAACUCCCCUACCUGCUUGUCUUUUAUUCCAAGCCUUGUAAUUCCUAUAUGUGUGCAAUUGCCCAGGCUUAAUUUAAGGUUCUGUGAUGUUUUUAGGAAUUCUAGAUCUUGUACUCCGCUAAUAAAGUAUGCAUAAGUACUUAUAAUUCAUUAUAAGAUACAGUUAAGUUUUGUACCACUUAGGAUAACA